GUUGGGAGCCUAGGCGGCUGUGCUUCGGUGCCACUUAUCAUUAGAUAUGGCCACCGUUAUAGAGUACAGCGAAGCGUCAUCUUCAACUUGCUUUUAUCACCUUCCUCGCUGAUAUUUCUACUCGGUCCGUAUGGCAGACGGAGGGUCAUUUUUUGGGAAGCCAAUGUUUGUUUUUGCACAUUUUUGGAGCCGGUUGUUACUGCGUGGCAGGCUGGUUACGAGAGUCCCUAACUGGCCGCUCGGUCCCGCAGCUUGUCGCAGCUGAAGAAAAUAGAAGCAGUUGCCAAGCCAGCGGUCCGUGCCCAACAUUUGCUUCAGCCGCAGCCAUACUUUUCCCCUGGAUUCGCAUUUGAAGUUUAGGGAAAGCUGGCUCAUAGGGGAGCCUAAAAUUCAGUAUUUGUGGGCGUUUUCUAUGUUGGUGGUGAAAUUGCUACUGGCCGUAGACUUGGGUGGCUAACAGCAACUAGCUGUAUUAUAAACCCGAACUCGACAGCUGUCAUUGGAGAAAGGAAAGUGAUCCCCCCCCUCCCCGUCGCAAAUGAGAAAGCAAGCGAAUUGCUUUUCCUUUGGAUUUACAUCAGCCGCUUUUCCAUCAAAUGGGCAAAGUUGGGAAUACCAUUGCAACGCUGGGAUACAAUGAUAUGUGCUGUGCGUUUUUGAGAACUGCAGUCUUGUUUCAUUGGAGAGAGGCUAGCUAGCUCCAUUAGCUUGCUAGCUUGCUGGCAGAUAAAAGUACGACGUUUAAUCCCCCCAGUAUAUUGGGACAUGAAGAGGAUAAUUCUCUGUCCAUAGGGCUGGAAGAAUGUCAUCAGAGGAUAAGACUGUGGAGACCUCUGACCAGGGACCCUUGCCGCCAUCCAGCAGCGUAGGGGUCGCGUCCACAGGAAGUCCUGCCAAUGCAGACAAGCGACCACGUGGCAGGCCGCGCAAGGAUGCUGCUGCCGUCCUACCCCAACCACCACCCCUGUCCACUUCUAAAAGCAAGAAAAAGGGUCGCACCAGAGGGAGGGUUGUUGUGGAUGAGGAGGACAGCAUGGAUGGUACUGAGAUAACAGAGUCCACAGACCCUCAGGAUGCAGAAACACAAAUCCAGCCAGUGGAGACUGUGGAAGUGGAGACCACUGAGGUGCCAGAGGAGGAGAUAGGCCCUUCCCCUCUGGCCCAGAGCCCCCCAGCAGAGAGUUCAACGGGACCAUCUGUCCUGGCCAGUGGAGAAAUCAAAAGCGGGGAGCGUCUCUGUGCCUUCUGUUACUGUGGUGGUCGUAGCCUUCUGGGUCAGGGGGAACUACAAGUAUUCAGCACCGCAUCUCAGCACGAAACAUCCGUCAGCCAUAAUGGUGAGGAGAGCUCAACGACCGACGGCAGCGAUGGUAACAAAACUGCUCAGCCAAAGACGGCUGAAGACGGCACCUCAGGAGAGAAGGAAAACAAUGGGUCUGAAACCUGCCAUGAAGAACCAGACUCUGCCAUUCGAUUUUGGGAUGAGCUUUCUCAUGUCGGCCUUCCACAAGGUCUGAAAGUCCGGUCUCUCUUUGAGUCAGGGCAAUGUUGGGCACAUCAGAGUUGUGCCUUGUGGUCUGACGGUGUUUGUGAGGGCGAGGGACAAUCUCUUCUUAAUGUGGACAGAGCCAUUGACUCAGGGAGCACAAAGCACUGUGCAUACUGUAAGCGCCUUGGAGCAUCCAUUAAGUGCUGUGCAGAAGGAUGUGCUCAACUCUACCACUACCCCUGUGCAGGGGCGGCUGGGACCUUUCAAGAUAUUAGAAGUCUUUCACUCCUCUGCCCAGAACAUAUAGAAUUGGCAAUCCACAAAUUCGUAGACGAUGUAAAUUGCGCGCUGUGCGACAGCCCAGGGGACCUACUAGACCAGCUCUUCUGCACCAGUUGCGGUCUGCAUUACCAUGGGAUGUGUCUGGACAUUGCUGUGACCCCUCUAAAAAGGGCAGGUUGGCAGUGCCCAGAGUGCAAAGUCUGCCAGACAUGCAAGAACCCAGGAGAGGACACUAAAAUGCUGGUGUGUGACAUGUGCGACAAAGGCUACCACACCUUUUGUUUGCAACCUGCUAUUGACUCCCUACCUACCAACGGGUGGAGAUGUAUGAACUGCAGGGUUUGCAUCCAGUGUGGAACGCGGACCAGUGGACAGUGGCACCACACCAGUCUAUUAUGUGAGAACUGUGUCCAAAACCAGGACCCUGCUCUCUGCUGUCCGAUGUGCUCUUGCAUCCUGGACCCUGAGCAUCACAAAGACUUACUAAACUGUCAGACUUGUAAAAGAUGGCUACACCUGGAAUGUGAGCGUCAGAACUCAGGCCAUGGAGAAAUCCACCCCAGGGAGGACUAUGUUUGCUCCAACUGCAGGUCCCCUGCUGCACAGCAGGCACUGCAGGCAGAGGAUAUGGACAUUGGCCCAGAGCUCAGUCCUCAACCUGCCCCCAUGCACACAGACUCAGAGACUGGCCUACAGCCGGCUCAAAAGCACAAAGACCUUGAACCUGCCGUUCAGCUGUCCUCUGAAAUGCACAAUGACCCCAAACCGGAAUUGCUUGCUGUUCCAUUGCACUCUGAUCCAGAGCCUGCUGAGGCUACCGUCCAGGAGGAGAAGCUGGCCACGUCAGACCAUAAGCCUGAAGCUGAAGGAAGAGCGGAUGCUGUUGGGGUGCAGAGUCCUGAACCCUCCAACCACACGUUUCCAGCAGAAUUCAACCCAGAAACAAAACCAGCAGCUAGAUCCCACCUCACAUCUCCAGAAAUUUCUGUGUCUUUGUCAUCUCCGAGCCAGGAACCCUUUCCUGCCUUGGUGCCCAAUGAUGAACUCCAGAUGCAGGAUGUCACAUCGCUAAUCCGACCGGCAAAUACAGAGGCCUGCCCUGAGCAGGGCAUGGUCGACCCCAGCACAAAGGAUUUCAAGGCCAUCAUCUCAACCACCAAAGAACCAAGUACUGCAUCAGUAACUUCUGUGGAACAACCAAUGGAAGUCACACUGCACCAAACCUCCAGUAUGGAUGUAGUCAGGGCCUCUUUCUUGGAAACUGCUCCUAAACAACCUAACCAGGAGAUGAAUGAGGGUUUAUUUCACAUGAACUUGGCGGAGACUGUUAAGCCCUCAACUUCUAGUAAAUUAGAAGAUAUGAACUCUACACUGGACAGCAAGCCCAAUGUGUUACUUUCUGGGUUGUCUUUAGGGGAGAAAACCAACAAAACAGCUGUGGAAAGACUGGCUGAAAUGGUCUCCUCUCCUUCAUGCUCUUCUCCUCUGGCCAGAGGGACGCCCCUCAGAGAUCCAUCACAGACCCAGAUCCUGCCCACACUGACUGACCACAGCAGUAUAAUCCCAACAGCAAACCUCAUACCCUUCACGCCGAAGAUUGGCAUGGGAAAACCAGCCAUCACAAAGAGAAAGUUUUCUCCUGGGAGGCCUCGGGUGAAACAGGGUGCAUGGAGCCCCCAUAGCAGUGUGUGCUCACCCUUUUCCUGGUCACCAGACCAGCCAGAGGGUUGGGACCCAAGGACCAGGCAGUCUUAUGGCAGCCCCGGUUGGAGCGUCAGAGUGGGUCGAGGAUCAGGCUUUCCUGGUAGGAGGAGGCCAAGAGGUGCAGGCCUGUCAGGCAGAGCUGGGCGGGGCAGAGCCAGAGGGAAGAAUGGAGUGAGUCCCAGCAUCAACCCUGGGCAGAUCACUACAAUAGAGACGCAGUACCCACUCAAGGAGGAGGAGGAAACUGCGAUGCACAACACUGUUGUGAUUUUCUCCAGCAAUGACAGUUUCACACUGAAACAGGACAUGUGUGUUGUGUGUGGGAGUUUCGGUCUUGGAGCAGAGGGACGUCUUUUGGCCUGUGUACAGUGUGGCCAGUGCUACCAUCCCUUCUGUGUCGGCCUAAAGAUCACCAAGGUGGUGCUCAGUAAAGGCUGGCGGUGUCUGGAGUGCACGGUGUGCGAAGCUUGUGGGCAAGCCACAGAUCCUGGCCGCUUGUUGCUGUGUGAUGACUGCGACAUCAGCUAUCACACAUACUGCCUGGACCCUCCUCUGCAGAAUGUUCCCAAGGACAGCUGGAAGUGCAAGUGGUGUGUUUCUUGCACCCACUGCGGUGCAACAACUCCUGGACUGAGGUGUGACUGGCAGAAUAAUUACACCCAGUGUGCUCCCUGUGCCAGCCUUACAGCAUGCCCAGUCUGCCUUGUGGACUACACUGAAGGCACCAUCAUUGUGCAGUGCCGCCAGUGUGACAGAUGGUUUCAUGCCUCUUGUCAGAAUCUUCAUUCAGAAGAUGAUGUUGAAAAGGCUGCAGAGAGCAGCUUUGACUGCACAAUGUGCCGCACAUUCAAAACUUCUAAAGUUUUUACAAAGACCAGAGAGAUCACUGAGCCACUGCUUGUUACACAGACUUUUUCCAAAGCUAGGGAGUUCGGUAUGUUUAAAGCAUUCGCAGAUCUAUCUAGGACCUACACCCAGGAUGGCGUUUGUCUGACAGAGUCAGGACUUUGUCAGCUCCAGAGCUUGUCCGCUGCCGCGUCACGAAGACGGAAACCUAAACCAAAGCUAAAGCUGAAGAUAAUUAACCAGAACAGCGUGGCGGUGCUUCAGGCACCUGUGGAUCCUCUGUCAGAACUCUCCCGAGAUGAAGAUAUGGAGGACAACAGAGAGGCGGAGCUACUGGAUUGUGAGGCAAAGUCUGACUCGAGCCUAGAUCGAGAGCCAGUGGAGGAUGACUCUAAAGGGGCCAACGGCGUCAAGAAGAGGAAGAGGAAGCCUUACCGACCGGGCAUCGGUGGCUUCAUGGUUCGUCAAAGAAGCCGACCAGGCCAAGGUCAAAGCAAAGCAAAACGAUCCCUGUGCAGAAAAGACUCAUCUGGCUCUGUGUCAGAGAAUCCCAUCAGUAAAGAUGAAGGUUGGACAGAAGCCCAGCCAGAUACUCCUGUAGAUGAGACACCCCCUGGGCAAGAGGUCCCAGAAAAGAUAAAGAAACGCUACAGGAAGAAGAAGACCAAACUAGAGGAAGCUUUUCCAGCCUAUCUACAGGAGGCUUUCUUUGGGAAGGACCUACUGGAUAAAAGCAAGCAGAGCAGACAGCAGGGGGGAGAAUCAGGCCUACUGGAAGAGGGGCAAGGCUAUGUAGAGAGGAAGCAGCCCACUACAGGCUUCUUGGACACGACAUCAGACCCGCUGCUAAGUGCAUCGACAGCCUCCAUCCCUUCCAGGCCAGCAGCACCACAGACGACAGAGGAACCGUUAGUUGAUCUAGCUGAUGUUCUGAACAGUGGUGCAGACAUCUUGGGAGUGCUGGGAAAGCCAAGCAGUGACUCUGGUCUUGAUUUUUGCCCCUUCAAGGUUGACAGCUCACCUCCUCCUUUUGCUGGACUGGACAUCGGGUCGCUUGCAGAUGGCUCCCCAGUAGCGCCUUCGUCACAGACUGGCCGAAGGACACCUCGAACAAUACCAGAGGAACCCCUGGACGGCAUUCUUAGCCCAGAGCUAGACAAGAUGGUCACUGAUGAAUCAAUUCUCAGCAAAUUUUACAAAAUUCCUGAGCUGGAGGGUAAGGAUGUGGAAGAUCUCUUCACUGCAGUCCUUAGCCCAAGCACAAGCCAACCACCUCCACCACAGGUGCCUCAUCCCCAGGUCCCAGGGCCCCUUCCUGCCACACCUGGUACGGGUAUGCCUCAUCCUAAUGCAGGAAACCCGAUGUUUCCAAGGAUGCCAAUGAUCAACGGUAUGAGGGGACCAAACCCACGAUUCCCUGCUACAGGACCUUGUAUCCCAGAAAAUUUCCCCCCACUGAACCGUAUGCCUUUCAAUGACAAUCCAAGGGAUCAAAAAUUUAAUCAGAUGGCCAGAGAGGCGGUGGGUCCAUGGCAACCUUCUACCCACGGCCAAGGCCCUGCACCUCCUGGAUCUCUACCUGAUGGGGAAACUGAAGCCAUGUCUAACGCCCAAAGGAGCACACUCAAGUGGGAGAAGGAGGAGACGCUUGGGGAGCUCGCCACUGUCGCACCUGUCCUCUAUACAAAUAUCAAUUUCCCCACCCUUAAAGAAGAAUACCCGGAUUGGUCUACAAGAGUUAAGCAAAUUGCUAAACUUUGGAGGAAAGCUAGCUCACAGGACAGGGCCCCAUAUGUGCAAAAGGCAAGAGAUAACCGAGCAGCCCUGCGCAUCAACAAAGUCCAGAUGUCGAAUGAGACGGUGAAGAGGCAUCAUCCACAGCAACAUCCCCCUGAGGUGUUUGAUCCCAACAUACCACUAGACACAGAUCUCCUGUUUAAAGACCCUUUGAAACCAAAAGAGUCAGAGCAUGAACAAGAGUGGAAGUUUAGACAGCAAAUGAGACAGAAGAGCAAACAACAGGCCAAGAUCGAAGCCACUCAGAAAUUAGAGCAAGUUAAAAAUGAGCAACUGCAGCAACAACAGCAGCAACAACAUCAACAGCAGACAACCAGCCAGUCUGAGGGAGAUGGUUCAAACAGUGGUAACCAGAGUCCAGCAUCUCAGCCCAGUAAUGGCAGCUCCUCCCCAAUACAGCAGUUUAACUCAAAAGAAACCUUUGCAAGGCCACAGAUGCAAGCAACUCCUACAUCUUGUCCUUCAGAAGAUGUUUUUGUCCGACCACCCCCUCCCCCUCCAUCUGGUCCAUCGUCUCAGCCUCAGUCUCCACAAGUUUUUUCACCAGGUUCCUCCGGUUCAGGACCAUCUUCUCCAUGGGAUCCAUAUGCCAAAAUGGUUGGGACCCCAAGACCACCACCUCUUGGACCAAAUGCAUGCCGUAGAAUGUCUGUGGAGUCUGGAAAGUCGCCCACCUCUUUGAUGGAACAGCAGGACCGAGGAAGACCUUCUCCAGCUCAUGAAUCUUUUGGUUCUCCAACAUCAGUGUCCAGUGACCCUUAUGCCAAACCUCCUGACACACCAAGACCAACAGGAGAAAUGGAUCCUUUCCUGAAGCCCAUGGGCCCACCUAGGGGCAGUCAAGCAGCUCAAGGAAGAUCUCCAAUGGGUUCUCCUGGCAGAGACCCAUACUCAAGGCCCAUGAUAAGAAAUGAAGCCUAUCAGCGCAUUGCUCAGAACAGAAUGAUUUUGUCUGACCCAUACUCCAGGCCCCUAAUGGCCCCUAUACCUGGAAGUAACGAGUCUGGCUCUGUUCCCCUAUUUAAAACACCAAUGCCCCCUCCUCAAGCUCAGGAUACCUUCAGCCGACAAGGACAACAUCCCACGGACAGAUAUUCCCAAAAUCAGCCAAAUGACCCGUAUGCACAUCCUCCGCACACCCCAAGACCAUCAGCAAAUGAGAGCUUCACCAGUCCACCUAGAAUGGGCCAGCAUCACCCUCAAGGGCACUCUUUUCCUCAGUCAGGACCAGUUCCUCAGAUGUCUAGAAAUCCUUAUGCGCACGCACCGUCCACUCCCAGGCCAGAUCGUUUUACUUAUGACCCCUUUGCCCACCCCUCUGGUCCCAAUAAACCAGGUCCUGACCUGUUUUCUCAGUCCCCAGGAAACCAGCGAUCCCUUAAUGAACAUGGUAUUCAAUCUCGGCCAUUUUUUGAACCUUAUGCUCGACCGCCAGGUACACCACGUCCACAUGACGACUAUGGUCAGUCAGGCUCUCCUAAUCCAUCUUCGGACCCCUACUCAUCCGCUCCUGCUACUCCUCGUCCCAGUGGGAUAAACCAGUUUGCUCAUAAGCCCCACGUUGGACAAAGGAUAUCCCCUUCCCACUCAAUAGAUCCUUUUGGCCAUCCACCUGGUACUCCUAGACCCUCUUUGGGGGAAAGAUUCUCUAAGUCACCAGGGACCCAAAGGGGUCCAGUAGAGCCAUUCACUAGUCCACCUGGGCCAUCUAGAACAGGGAGCAAUGACAUGUUUUCACAGCCAGGGACACACAGAACAAUGGUUAAUGACCCUUACGCCCAACCUCCAGGGACCCCAAGACCAGGUCCUGAUGUGCAUAACAGGCUUAUGGUGAGACCAGGAGACCCAUUCUCACCACCUCAAACCAGGCUUCAAGACCACUUCCCUCAUCCAGAGUCUCUUACACCAAAACACCCCGGAGUUUCAGAAGACGGCUUUAGCCAGUCGCCUUCGACUAGACCCAGUCAGACCCCUGGCCACGACCCUUUUGACCAAGCAUCUAUGGCACCUUGUCCGCAGCCAGGAGAGAAAAUGGAAAUUAUGGAUCCUACAACAUUGGGGAACAACGGAUUGGGCCCUCAAGAUCCCACACAAAUGCCAAACAACCCACAGAUGCCUGCUCCUUCUUCUGAAGCUGCAUGUGCUGUUUUGGCUGAGACAGAGGAGAGACUAAAACAGCGACAACGAAUCAGAGAGCUAAUCCUCAAACAGCAGCAACAGAGGACUGCCAACAGACAGGAAAGGGGCCCUCAGGAUCCUGCUGCCAACAUAACCCCAGGAACACCACGACCCUGGCCCCACGAGGGUCCUGGUCAACAGGGUGAAAUGUUCAACCGGCCGCCUCCACCAUAUCCUGGACAAGGACCCAUGAGAGGGCCAAUAAGGUUUCCUGGAAACUUUCCAGGGGAUCAGAGAGUCUGCUUUCCUAAUGAUGGCCAAAUCCAGCGGGCACCACAUCCUGGAGAUCCUAAUUUUAGGCAUCAGGGACCAAGGUUUGGAUUUCCACCUGGAGCUUUAGAACCUCAUGGCCCUCAAGAGUUCUUCCUUAGAGGAGAGCACCCUAUGCAGGACGUCCCUCCACAGAUGAGGAUGACCAUGCCUGCUGAGAUGGCAAAAGGCAUGGGAGGAAACCCCAUGGGAAUGCCUCAUCACUACCCACCACGCAGUGUGCCGAUGCAGCAGCACAACAUCAUGGGUCAGCAUUUCAUCGAGCUACGGCACAGAGCUGCAGAAAACAGGCCACGCAUGCCGUUUCCACCUGCUGCCAUGCAAGGAGGCAACAUGGAUCCAAACCUGCAUGGUCAGAGGCUCCCAAGCUUUCCUGGACCACAUGACUCCAGGUUCGCUUUGAAUCAGGGCCCUAAAAUGGUGGACCCUCUUACUGGUCAGACUGGCCACUUACACCUGUCUGCCAGUUUGGACAAUCUUCAUCAGCAAACCCAGAUGCCAGGAAUGAGUCCCAUCAAACAAGCUCCUCUAAUGAGAUCAAUGAGCCAACCUGCUUCAAAUGAGACCCAAAACAUGACCUCAUCCAUCAUCCUCUCUACGCCCCCUGCUGGGCAGUCGGAGGCUGGUUCUAUGGCCAACAGUGAAGCAGUGGAGGAGAAACUCGAUGCAGAAGACUCUGCUGUCAAAGAUCUUGAGGAUGUGGAGGUGAAGGAUCUGGUUGAUGCUGAUUUGGAAAACCUAAACUUGGAUCCAGAGGACAGCAAAGACCUGGAUCUCGAGACGAACGACCUACACCUAGACGACUUUCUGACAUCCGGUAAAUUUGACAUUAUUGCGUACACAGACCCUGACCUGGAUGAUAUCAAGAAAGACUUGUUCAAUGAAGAGCUGGAUCUCAGUGAUCCCAUGGAGGAUAACCCCGAAGCAGCAGACAUUCCUAAAAGUGCAAGCCCUGAAACCGAGCCCUCAUCCAGCGCAGCAUCUGCCCUGUCAAAGUCAGAGUCCACAGGGGAGCAUUCCACAUCUGAGCUUAAGCCGGAAGUCCCAGGGAGUCACAGCUCUGAUUCUUUGGCACUAGAUCAGGAAAUUAAGACGGAGGUCAAAGACUGUCAGGGGCCACCUGAAGUGGGAGAUCAACAACUAGCUGAAAACCCCUCAAACCAGCAGGGAAUGCUGUCCGAUUCCACUCCAGUCCUUUCUAGUCUACUCAUUAAACAGCAGCCUGAGGAGCAGUCAUUAAAUCCUAUCAUGGAGUCCGUCAGUCAGGGAGGUAACCCUAUGGCCCAGCAGAACCCGGACAGUGAUAAUCAGCAUACCUCUGUACUUACAGUGAGUCAAACAAUAGCUGACACAGGCGCUGCAGAGCAGCUGUCUGCUUCUGGCUUUGGAGCAGACCAACAGGUUGGACUUACUGCAGCUGUAGACCAGACUGGCCUGAGUCAAGCCCAGCAGACGGCGUUAAACCAGAAUCUGGGUCAGCACAGCCAGCAACAGCGUCCUCUUCUGCUGGAGGAGCAGCCUCUCCUGCUGCAGGACCUCCUUGACCAGGAAAGGCAAGAGCAACAGCAGCAGCGUCAGAUGCAAGCUAUGAUUCGCCAGCGUUCCAGUGACGCCUUCUUCCCUAACAUUGAUUUUGAUGCAAUCACCGACCCCAUUAUGAAGGCCAAGAUGGUUGCCUUAAAAGGUAUCAAUAAAGUCAUGGUGCAGAACAACAUGGGGAUGGCUCCGAUGGUGAUGAACAGAUUUCCACCAGGUCCCGCUCCACCUUGUCCUGAAAGCACACCAAUCCCUCCACAAGUUGUUGGACCGGAUGGAAAACUGACCCAAGUACAAAGACCAAAUCCUCCCAACUUCGGACCAGGAUUUGUCAACAAUCCUCAGAGGGCUCAGUAUGAAGAGUGGCUACAGGAGACUCAGCAACUACUUCAAAUGCAGCAGAAGUUUCUAGAAGAAAAGAUCGGAGCUCAAAGGAAGUCUAAGAAAGCCCUGUCUGCCAAGCAAAGAACUGCUAAGAAAGCAGGCAGAGAGUUCCCAGAGGAGGACGCUGAGCAGCUCAAACAUGUCACAGAGCAGCAGGGUGUAGUGCAGAAGCAACUGGAGCAGAUUCGCAAGCAGCAGAAGGAGCACGCUGAGCUCAUCGAGGAGUACAGAGUGAAACAGCAGCAGAACAACCUGACACCGAUCAUGCCUGCUAUUCACCCAGGAACAGGCAAUCAUGCAAUGGUUCCUGGUGGGCAGCCUAUGGUCCAGCCUCCCAUGAACCCCGUGAUGCAGAUGCCUCUUCACCCUGGCCAACCAAACGCACCGCCACGAAUGCCAAACCCUCCGCCUGGCUGGCAUCCUGGUGCUCCUAUGCCUAUGGGUGGACCAGGGAUGCCUCCCAUGAUGCCGCCUCAGGCUCCUGCUCCAGGUUCAGCUCAGCCCCUUCAAAUGCCAGUGGGUAACAUCCCUCAGCACCCACAGAUGCCUGUUGAGCCCCAGGCCCCACCCACCCCGCCAGGCGCAGUUAAACCCAUGCAGGCGAGCGGUGUGAAGUUUGAUGACAACAACCCCUUUAGCGAAGGUUUCCAGGAGCGCGAGAGAAGGGAGAGGCUAAGGGAGCAGCAGGAGAGGCAGAGAGUGCAGCUCAUGCAGGAAGUGGAGCGUCAAAGAGCUCUGAAGCAUCGUAUGGAAAUGGAGCAGCAAGGGAUGAUGGCACCAGACGCACCUCUCACUCAGAUGCCGUUUUUUAAUUCGGAGCUACCGCAAGACUUCAUGCAACCUCAGAGGGCCCCUCUGCAGCAACCACAACAACUUGGACCAAUGUUCCCCCAGCACCAGGGCAUGCAGCGUAGCAUGGGCUCCCUGCCUGGAACCUUCAUUCAGGCUGACAGAAGACCUAUGAUGGGCAAUGGGAUGAUGCCCCCUGAUAUGGGGCCAGGUUUAGGGCCCGACGGUGUUGCUGUACAAGGACCUAACUUUCCACACGCUCAACCGAGGCCUCGGCAGUUUGGUGGACCAGGAAUGAUGCCUCAGAUGCCCGGAGAGGGUCCUCCUUUUGGGGGCGAUUCUGCCACUCCUCUGCCAUCCAACUUCCCAGGCUCGGGCCAGUCGCUUAUACAGCUGUAUUCCAACAUCAUUCCCGAUGAGAAAGGGAAAAAGAAAAGGAGCCGCAAAAAGAAGAAAGACGAUGACGCUGAUUCAGUCAAGACCCCAUCAACUCCACACUCAGACCUCACAGCUCCUCUCACGCCUUGCGUCUCUGACACCUCCUCCACACCAACCAGAAACACACACCUCUUUGGAGAGCAGGACCUGUCCCGGUCUCCUUUACUGGGGUCAUCGACACCAAGUCAUUCAGAGCUUGAGAGGCAACUUUCUGGAGGACAGUGUGGACAACCCACUUCAGCAUCAGACGCGUCAAGGACCCAGGCUCAGGAGCACGAGAGAAUCCUCAGUAACAUCAAGCUAGAGCAGACUGAUGCCACCGAAUGCCAAGGGCCGAACGAAGGGCCCAUCAACUCAGACAUGAACUCUGUGAAGGAAGAGAGAAACAAAGGGAACAUGUCGCCUUUCCCUGCUGGACAAAGUCCAAACAAGGGAGAGGCUGGCAAUGAACUGCUGAAACACCUGCUGAAGAACAAGAGCACUCCUCCACCUGGACUGUCCCAGCAGAGGGCAGACGACGGCCUUCGCUCUGAAGAGGAGGAACCCUCAGACUGCAAAACCCUGCUGAGGCAGAGCUCCAUAGACAGCAACGGGGCUUUCUCUGAUGGAACCUCUGAGUUCCCCAGCUCUCUGCUCCCAGAGCAAGACAAGAAGAAAGGGAGGAACAAGAGGCCUCCGAAGGGAGGGGAGAAGCCUGCUUCCCGCUACAAAAAGAGGAAGAAAGAAGAUGACAGGCAGCUGAUACAUUCAGGUCCUGACACCGUUAUGACUCAAAUCAAACAACAGCUUUCCUUGCUGCCCCUCAUGGAGCCAUUGAUUGGAGUGAACUUUGCCCACUUUGCUCCGUACGGCAGCGGGCAGCUCAAUGGAGAAAACCUUUUAUCCGGUACUUUCGGCAGUGCCUCACUGGAUGGAGUCUCUGAUUAUUACUCCCAGUUGGCUUAUAAGCAGAAUAACCUGAGCAAUCCACCAACACCACCAGCGUCUCUCCCUCCAACCCCACCACCUGUGAAUCGACAGAAAAUGAUCAACGGCUUUGCUACUACUGAAGAGCUGGCUACUAAAGCUGCUGCCAUGGUCUCCAAAGGUCUGGUGCCGAAGCCGCUGCAUGUCCCAUUCAGAGCUGAGGAGGAUCUGUUAGCCCGCGCCAUCGCUCAGGGACCAAAAACUGUAGAUGUUCCAGCUUCUCUUCCUACUCCGCCUCAUAACAACCAGGAGGAGCUCAGUAACAGAGGACAGGAGCCUUGCAAGGACAGGGAUUCACCGGAUAGCUUUGUCCCCUCCUCUUCUCCUGAGAGCGUAGUUGGCAUGGAGAUCAGCCGUUACCCAGACCUGUCUCUGGUGAAGGAAGAGCCGCCUUCUCCAUGCUUGUCUCCUGUUCUCCCCAUGCUCCCUGCCCCUGAUGGGAAAGGGUCAGAGGUCAAACUGCAGGACAUCAAGACUGAACCUUCGAUGUUCUUCGGCUCCCCCUUUGGCCCCAUGUCUAAUGACUCCAAACAAGGGCUGGUUUCUGUUGCUAUCACACUGAGACCAGCUGCAGCGGAGAACAUCACAGGCGUAGUAGCUGCCAUUUCAGAGCUCCUUUGUGUGAAGAUCCCCAGCAGCUAUGAGGUCAGCAGCACGCCUGACAGGCCUCCUAUGUCUAUGGGUCAGAGGAUGGGUCCCCAUGGUAUGGAGCAGCGGCCUCCCAUGUUCUUCCACGGACAGGGAGACCACGCAGUGCUCCACGGUCGGCCUGGACAGAUGAUGCGGCCCGUUGGUCCACAGGGAAUGAUGCAGCAGCAGCAGGCACAUCCUUUCCAUUUCCAUCCUAAUAGCCCAGGUGCUGCUGUAGCUCGAGGACCUGACCAUAAGAUCCCUGCCAGCCCUGGAUGUAAACCCCACUGGUGCUGCCACUGUAAAGUGGUGGUUUUGGGAAAUGGAGUCCAGAAAUCCAUCAAAGAUCUCCCUGCUCACGUGAAGGAAUAUGAGAGCCGUUUGAGAUCAGAUGAAAACCUAGUCUUCUGCAGUCAGGGCUGUUUUCUUCUCUACUGUUCCUCAUCAUCACAUCAGUCCCGAUCAACCACAGAAACAAAGGAGUCCAUGUCGCUUCUCCCCGCUUCUGAGCAAAGUGAGAGUUUCUGCAAAACUCAGCAUCAGUACAGUAACAACAUGUCCUCCCUGGACGUUCACUGCCUCGCCCAGCUGCAGCCCAAACAGUCCCCCCCUUCCACUCCUCCCAUCCCCUUCCCUACAGCCGGAGAAACACCCAAAGCUGAGUCCAAAUCCGAUGCCCUCAAAGUGACGGUGAAGCUCAAAGCCCGGCCGAGGUCGCAUGACGGCUGGCACCAGGGGAAGAGACAGAAGGGACUCCGCUGGAGAAAGUGGACUGUUCAGGUGGUUAUGCCUUCGAGAAUGAAUUCGCAGCUGCCAGAGGAAGAUAAGAUCGAUGAGCUUCUAAAGAAACUAGGAGCAUCGCUGCGCCCUCCGUCUUCUCUCAAAGAUAAGAGGCGGUGCUGUUUCUGCCACCAGUUUGGUGAUGGGAUCACCGAUGGCCCGGCCAGGCUGCUAAAUCUAGACCUUGAUGUGUGGGUUCACCUAAACUGUGCGCUGUGGUCAACCGAGGUGUAUGAGACGCAAGCUGGUGCCCUCAUCAACGUGGAGUUGGCGCUGCGUCGUGGUCAGAGCAUCCGCUGCGCCUACUGCCAGCAGACCGGCGCCACCAGCGGCUGCCACCGCCUGCGCUGUACUAACGUCUACCAUUUUACCUGCGCUCUGCAGGCUCAGUGCACUUUCUUCAAAGACAAGACUAUGCUCUGUCACGCCCACAGGCCCCGGGGAACAGCAGGGCAGGCCUUGGAGCACGAGCUGCGCUGCUUCGCUGUGUUCCGACGUGUCUAUGUUCAACGAGACGAAGUGCGACAGAUUGCCACUGCCGUUCAACAGCCCGAGUUGGGCUACACGUUCAGAGUGGGAAGCCUGGUGCUGCACGCAAUAGGACAGCUCACCCCGUUACAGAUGUCCGCCUUCCACUCAUCUACCACCAUCUUUCCCGUGGGCUACGAGGCCUGUCGUAUCUACUGGAGCAUGCGCCAUGGCAACCGCCGUUGCCGCUAUGUCUGUUCAGUUGAAGACAAUGACGGGCUUCCAGAGUUCAUGAUCAGAGUCGUUGAGCAAGGCUACCAAGACUUGAUCCUGACCGACACCUCUCCUAAAGGAGUUUGGGAUAAAGUGCUUGGUCCAGUUGCUGAGAAACGUGCAGAGACGGGCACUCUGAGGCUCUUUCCCGUUUAUCUGAAAGGAGAAGAUCUGUUUGGACUCACAGUCCCAGCAGUCACCAGAAUCACUGAAUCGCUCCCAGGGGUGGAGGCCUGCAGCAGCUACUCCUUCCGCUAUGGCCGCAACCCUCUGGUGGAAUUACCUCUCAUGUUCAAUCCAGCUGGGUGUGCACGCGCAGAGCCGAGAACAAGCUCCUCCCACACAACGCUGGUCAUAAGGCCUCAACCACAGGUUGUGUCGAGCAGCAGUGCCAGGUCAAAUCAGAACGUGGCCCAAGGAGAAGGUGGUGUCCCUCAUAGCAAGACUCCAGUAGUGCACCCGAGGUCCUCCCAGUACCGCUGGAUGAAGAGCGAGUGGAGGAGUAAUGUCUAUCUGGCUCGCUCCCGCAUCCAGGGCCUUGGGCUGUUUGCUGCUAGAGACAUCGAAAAACAAACCAUGGUGAUUGAGUACAAUGGAACUGUCCUCCGAAAUGAGGUUGCCAUCAGGAAGACCAAGGUUUACAGAUCUCAGAACCGAGCGGUGUUCAUGUUCCGCAUCGACAGCGAACAUGUCGUGGAUGCCACUCAAAGUGGCGGGCUGGCAAGAUACAUCAAUCAUUCCUGUGCCCCCAACUGUGUGGCGGAGGUGGUCACCUUUGAAAGAGGCUACAAAAUCAUCAUCAGCUGCAUUCGAAGGGUCGAAAAAGGAGAGGAGCUGUGUUUUGACUAUCAGUUCGACGCCAUUGAAGGCCAGCACAAGAUUGCUUGCCAUUGCCGAGCUCCUGAGUGCAGGAAGUGGAUAAACUGAGCUAAACAUCUAAACCAUUCCUCACUUGGGCGAGUGGGGGGGGGGGCAUAACUCCACCCCUCCACACUGAAGGCGUUUUAACAAAAGAGAAGGGUUAAAGGUUAGUUCAUCAGGAUCAUGGGGUGGAAAAGAAAAAAAUCCAACACGGUAGCAGGAUGUGACUCGUGCCAUAUGUAGAAGAGGCUUUAGUGGAAACGCAGAGCCUCCAUCUGUUUGUAUGUAUCUGCUAGUUUAUCUGUGGUGUACAUGGGGGGGUGCAGAAUCCACCAGCGAAUGAGAAAGCACUGUGCAGGGUGCGGCCUUACUGCUAACUAAGGGCAGGCCCUUUUGUUAUAUAAUAAUGUAUGCCGUUAGACUAAAUGUAGACAUCACUGAAUGAGGAAUGUACAGCAAUGAAUACCGUGAAGGGAAUAUUAACUUGCACUAAAAAAAAAAAAAAAAGGAGGAAAAAAAAACGAAACAAAAAAAGAAAAGAAACAAAAACAUACACACAGAAAAACGUUUAAAUACUUGAUUCCAUGAGUCAGCUGUAUCAUAGGUCUCCGUCAUGUGAUUUGUGUGGAUUUUGAGAGUUUUUUUUUUUUUGUAUUUAUUACUGAGUGAGUGAAUUUUAUUCUCCAAAAUGACGAGAUUGAGGUAAAGAAGGCUAUUGUUUCUGAAGAUUGAAGAAGACAUGCUGUUACUUUUGUACAAAUGUAUAUAAAGAAAACUAUAGGAAUAACCGACCAAAUACUACCUUAACCUUCUUGAUGUUUGGGUGUUUUUAAAACUGUUUUUGUUUUUAUUUGUCAUUGAAAUUUAUUUAAGAUGGACGUUAUUUCAGUUUGAGAGUAUAUAUUAUGAUUAUUCUGUACAGAAUUUGUAAAAUAACCACAAUAAUUCACAAAGUAUUUUUGUUGUAUUAAAAGUAAGGUAUUGUAGCGUAGUGAUUUUUUUUUUUUUUUGUGACUUACACAUACUUUGACCACUCGAAAGAAAUAUUUUUGUUGACAAACGAGUUAUUGGUUACAGAAUUUAUAAAAACAAGAGACUUCAGAGAGUAAGAUCAUUGUGAUCUGUCUGCUGUUAAUCAGGUCCGAUUUUAAAGAACUGUGAAUUAGGAGUUAAUCCCCACCCACCCAUCCCCAGCAAAAAAGAAAAAAAAAAACAAAAAAAACAAAACAGCUUUUUAACUUUUUAUCAUGAAUAAAAGCAGCAAAGUGUUUUUACUUUACAUUUUGGGGGGAAAAGGUGCAAACAUCUAAUCUUAUAAUGUAGAUGAACCAGUGUGUGACAGAGAGAAUUGUAUGCGGAACAGAAGGUUGUUCUACCUUCUCCUGGGACAGAAACAGCGUUCUGCUUAAUCAGAAAUAUUUCUUAUAUACUGACACUUCACAAGUCACAGGCUUAGAAACAGACGAGUUUUUGCGUGCACAAUUUCAAGUCGACUGUAAAAUUUUGCAGACAGUCUUAGAACUUGUAAUGUAUAUGGCAUGUAUUUUUUUAACUUUCUGAAAACUCAAUUGUAUAUAUUUUCUCAAUGAAUGGUUGUAACAAAAUUGUUUCUUGGAUAUUUUUCUUCUCUUGUAUGAUACGACAUCCUGCCAGUGUGUUUGUGCUACAUUUUCUUGGUCGUGUAAAGUAGUUGAGAAUUUCUUCAUUUUGUUUUUUUGUUUUUUUUCCUUCUUUUAUUGUCGUUUAUUUUUGAAAAUGCCUUUUGAAGUGUACAGAGUAUGAGGUUUGGAUUUUGUGGAAUUGAAUUUAGAAACAUUUACAAAAAUAAACUAUUUUACAUGUUA